GUUCCCGCAGCGGCGAUGAGCAGCGCUGAAUAAAAGUCCGCAGGUGGAUACCGGCUUCACGGUCAGAGCUGAUGGGACGCGUCGCGGCGAAGGAGCGGUUGUAAAACACUUUAGCCGGUGGUGAUGAAGGCAGGUUGUCGGACCCGUAUUUCUGUCCUGUCCCCUCCUUGUGUUUGUUAACGUGUCAUCUGCGGUCAACCCGGUCAGCCCUCUGCUGCAGCGUAGCUGCUCUCUGUUCAUCAUUGUCAUGUUUUUAAGCCAUGUGGAGCUAUGGAGAACAUACUGGGAGUGUGUUUCCAGACCUUAUACGGUGUUCAUCUGCUCCCUCACGGCCGCACUGUACUAUCUGUGGGGCCGCAAGUGUCAGACCCCGGCCCUCAUCUGUAGUGAGGCGUUUAGUGUAUUUCUGCACAAACACUGUCCUGUGGUGGCUGAGCGCUUCAGUCCUACUCCCUGGUGCUGGGGAGGGAGGCUCCAAACCCUCGUCUGUGUUCUCCUGAAAUCCAGACCUCCUGUCACUUAUCGCAAUGAGCUGAUCCGUACCGUGGAUGGUGGUCAGAUCUCCUUGGACUGGGUCGAUAACGAGGCCAGCGCGGUGUACCCACAAUCCUCCAGCCGCCCCACAGUGCUGAUCCUCCCGGGCCUGACGGGGAACAGCCAGCAGUCCUAUGUGCUUCACGCCAUCAACCAGGCCACUCGUCACGGCUACAGGUGCGUCGUCUUUAACAACAGAGGACUCGGAGGGGAAGAGUUAUUGACUCCAAUCACCUACAGCGCUGCCAGCACCACUGACCUUGAACGCGUGGUUCAACAUGUCAAAGGACUCUUCCCUCUUGCCCCUGUGCUUGGUGCUGGUGUAUCACUGGGAGGGAUGGUCCUGCUGAACUACCUGGCCCGUAAGCGCAGAGAGUCGGGGCUGGUGGCAGGCAUCACCAUCUCCGUCCCCUGGAACGCUCUGAAGUCCUCCGAGUCAAUGGAGGAACCUCUCAACUGGCUGCUCUUCAACAAAUAUCUGACCAAUGGGCUGUGCCGUGCUGUUACCAGGCACAGACGUAUUCUGGAGAAAGUGGUGGAUGUUGAUUACGUCCUCAAGGCUCGGACGAUCCGGGAGUUUGACGAACGAUUCACUUCGCUGCUGUUUGGUUACAAGUCCUGUAAAGACUACUACCACGACGCCAGUCCAGACAAGAAGCUCCCAAACACGGCCGUGCCCAUCCUCUGUCUCAACGCCGCCGAUGACCCCUUUUCUCCUCAGAUCGCCUUCCCGGUGUCGGUGGUGAAGAGCCUGCCGAACGUGGCCCUGCUGCUGACCGCUCACGGCGGACACAUCGCCUUCCUGCAGGGUUUGUUCCCACGAGGCGAAAACUACAUGGAGCGCCUGUUCAGCCAGUUUGUCCAGGCUGUGUUCGAGAACCCGAAAGACAUAAAGAAAGCCUGCGGUAUUAAAGAAGACCAGAUGAGUGAAUAAGAAAAAAAUAAAUAAAUAGAAAAAUAAAUCCGUAACUGUGAAUAAAACGAAAGCACUGACAUCAUAACAGUAGAACAAGCUGAGAAGAAUGCAUUGCUUUUAGCUGUGCAUGCUGUUCAAACACCAUGCUGUGCCCCCUUCAUGUCCCCCGUGAGAUGACAAACAGUAUUGUACGAUUUUCUGACGCCACUGCAGCUCUACCUCCUCGUCAUCUCAGGCCCACUU